AUGAUGAGCCAUGGGAUUAUACAGCCUAGUCAAUCUCCUUUUUCUUCUCCAGCCUUAUUAGUAAAGAAAAAGGAUGGAACAUGGAGAUUCUGUGUAGACUACAGGGGCUUGAGAGAGAUUACAAUUAAAGAUAAAUAUCCAAUUCCUAUAGUGGAUGAUUUGUUGGAUGAGCUACAAGGGUCUGUGAUUUUUUUAAAAAUUGAUCUGAGAGCCAGGUAUCACCAGAUCAGAACGAGACCAGCUGAUGUGCACAAAACAACAUUCAGGACCCACCAAGGCCAUUAUGAGUUUAGAGUGAUGCCUUUUGGGCUCACCAAUGCACCUGCUACAUUUCAAGCUUUGAUGAACCAGCAAGUCACUAAACAAACAUCUCAGUCACUUGGUUAUAGUUUUUGA